AUGGGAGAUAGAAAAGGAGAUCUUAGAAUAUAUGUCAUCUCUUGUUUUUUCUUUGCAUGCACAAUUGGAGGAGGAAUCUUCCUCUGCAUGUACAUAUUCCUCCCAGAUUCAGAAGUUGUAUCAUGGUAUCUCUAUGUAGGCAUGACAUUGGUUGCAAUUCCAUGGCUCUCUUGGUUUAUAAUAUUUAUAUAUAGAUGCAUUAGACCUAUUAAUGUUCAAGAACACCGUAAUAAUAACAAUCCUGGUAAAAGUGCUGCAAUUUGGACACCAAAAUCUCCACAAACAACCAGCCCUACCGGUGCGAAAACCGCCGGUGGUGAUUCUCUUAUGGACGGUGAUGGAGAGGGUCGCGUCCAAUUCGGCGCGGUUGUGGAGAUGAGAAAUGGAAGCGGCGGCGGUGAAGAAAAUCACAACAAUGAAAAUGUUGUUGGUGAUCAUCAUGAGUCUAAGAAAGAACAAGAAAUACCAACGUUGGUAACGGUUGAACACUAG